AUGAACAACACAAGAAGAAAGCCCUUAGGCAGUAAGAUCAAGCCAGCAAACACCCUGAAUCGAGCAGGCCCGGGUGCAAGUUCUCUAUCGACAUACAGCUCUCGUGGGAUGAACGUUGAAGAGCCGUCCAUUAAACGCCAAAAGACAAGCCACGGCGAAUCCGACGAAGACUUUUUCAACCGCAGCGUACAGGAACAACCAUCGGCCACAUUCGGAAGACAGUCAAGCAUCACAAGUCUCAACAGUCAAAGCCAGGAGGCUUCCAGUCAGCGAUCCAACGCUUUCCAGCACAACGAGUCCCGGAAUGUGUACGGGGUCCUGAAUGUGAACAGGAAGAAAGCGCGCAAGUCCAAGGCUAGUGCAACGCAAGCAAGCUCGCCUUUCUUCCACGGCACCGAUGACGAUCCAGUCACCGUAGAAGACGACGAUGACCUUCAAAUCGUCGGCGAACAGACUGCCACACCUCGAUCAGCCCGCAAGGUAGCCACCAGACAGAUGCCUCUUCCGAACGCAGCUCAGAUUACCUCGAACCAAGUCCGCUCCAACAACACCCGAGAUACCAUCGAAGUCGACAGUGCGUUUCAUAGAAACCACAGGGCAGAGGAGAAGAGGAAAUCCGCACUAACGCUAGACCACGUCGAGAUCCUGGUACAGCCGCGCAAGGCCUCUGUCGCGACACCAGUGAAACGCAACUUGUCUCCGCGUAUGGGUGAGAGCUUUGUGAGAGAUCGAGGAGCAUCCCCGACGCCGCAACAGAAUCAAGCAAAAAUCAGGGAAAAGAUGCAGUCAACAUCGAACACCACUCGUUUAGUCCAACCUCGACAAGUUGAUGUAGAGUCAAGCGAAGACGAGUUAUCUCGAGAACCCGCCGCUUCAAAGUCAGCGCGAAGGUCUGGUCGUGCCAAGCGGUCACCAUCUCCAGAUCAUAUAAUUGCUUCAGAGUUCUUCGCUGGCGGCCGGGAAAAGGCUGCAGGCCCUGGAGCCAUCGACAUUCCUCUAUCAUACCUUCGGAUGAAGGGUGGUAAUUGGAAGAACGUGCACCUUCUUUACUCCUAUCGAUACAAGAUCAUUCAGUUUACUCAGAACGAGGAAAACCUUCACAGCGAUGCAAGGAUGAUUCAGCUAGGAAGUCAACACGCACAUAGAGUCAUCUGCAGUGUCGAGAGCUCAAACGGUAUCAUUUUGAUCGGAGCCAUCGGAAACGCAACAGCCGGUCGGAUAUGGCUGGCACUCGCCAACGCAAAAGACCUUGACAGGUUCAUAGAGGCCAUCAAGCACAUGAACGAGAAAUGCAACGUCAAGCAAUACGAUGAGCGUCAAUUUGAAAACGCUCGUGAUUCUACUGAAACGUUCCUCACCCCAGUCAGUGACACAGAUCAUCCGAAGUUGCAAGCCAUGAAACUUCGCCAAGGCAUAGUCUCCAAGCCUAUGACCGAGCGAGAGCGUAACAUAGCCAUGCAGAAGGCUACUCUGCUUCCCGAGUCCGAUGAUCGAUCGCCGACACCAAGAAAGACUCGAAUGAGAUCGGAAUUCACCAAUCGACCUGCUACGGACAAUGCUGUGGACUAUUCAUUGCCACCACCAACACCCCGCGCCGAGCGAGUCACAACUACUAGAAGCAGUCAACGACUACAGACCAAAGUUGGUGGCAAGGCCGCACAACCCUCAGAGCCAGAGCUUGUUAGAUGGACCCACGUAAAUGGCAUCCCUGAUUGGGACGGACCUUUAACCUAUCCUUUCACUGGAACAAACAGGACUACGGUGGAUGCUGAAGACAUUGCGCGCCUGGAUGACGGAGAGCUGCUCAACGACAACCUCAUCUCAUUCUGUCUGCGAGACAUGGAGGAAAACAACCCAGAGCUAAAGGACAAAGCACACAUCUUCAACAGCUUUUUCUACGAACGUCUCACCACUCUGGGAACGGGGAAGAAGGGGUUCAACUACGAGGCUGUCAGUAGAUGGACAAGAACCAAGGAUCUAUUCAGCCUGCCUUUUGUUGCUGUACCAAUCAACACACAAUUCCACUGGUUUUUGGUCAUCAUCUGCAAUCUCGAUCAACUGGAACGCAAACUUUCAUUGGACGGGCUGGAGAACGAUCAAGAAGAGAAACCCGAGUCCGAGUCAUCGUUAACUGCUCAGGAGCCCGCGCAGUCUCAAUCAACAGUGCAAAAUGAGAUUGAGAUUCCAGAAUCCCCACAAGAGCCCAAGGACAUCGAUCUCUCGCAGGGAGUAAAACGCAUCUCUUUAGAUGCAUCUCAGGAUCAAGAGGGGGAACUCCCCGCUGCUAGCAAGUUGAAGGCAACACAACGCAGAGUGAAAAAACAGGGUCCCCCACCACAGAAGAUAGACCCGGCCACUCCCGCGCUUCUCCUGCUUGAUUCUCUGGGCGGCUCCCAUCCCCAAGAGAUCAGAAAUCUCAAGCAAUACGCUGUUCACGAAGGCCGUGAAAAGCGAGGUCUGGAAUUCGAGUACACCGAACUCAAAGGCAUGACGGCUCGCGGCCUCCCCCAGCAGACGAACUUUUGUGAUUGUGGUGUUUACCUGAUUGGGUAUAUGGAGGCUUUCCUCCGCGAUCCUCAUGGGUUCGCCCGUAAGGUCAUGUCUCGAGAGCUUGAUCACAACAACGAUUUUGCCGACUUCGACCCUUCGAAGAAAAGAGCAGAGAUUCGAGAAAGACUCAUCAAGCUUCACGAAGAGCAGACUCUUGAGAAGAAGCGAAAGAAGAAAGAGACUCACCUUGCGAAGAUGGCAGCGAAGCGAAACAGCGAGACCAAGAGCGCAGCUGUCACUCCUGCGCAGAUGAGUUCACCCAUGAAACCUCCAGCGGCAUACGACAACUCCAGAAUGGUUCAGAGCUCGCCCAUGAAGCCGCGGCCGAAGCAGAUACAGACGCAGAAAUCAAGUCCUCCUGUUCCGCCGUCGACUGGUAAGACACCAGCAACAAGCGACCGCGAUGCUGAUGAGGAUAUGUUGUUCAAUCCAGCGUUCGAACGUGGUAAUUACGACAGCACGAGCACUGCACCCAGCAGUCGCGGCAGCCAUAGUCAUACUCAACAUGACUUCGAUAGCCGCAGCAACAAUCAGCCCAGCAACAUCAGAUCAGGGCCAUCGUUCAUCGACGAGCUCAACCAGGCCAUCCGGGAAGCCGGCCAGGUAGAGGAGAUUGAGGAAUAG